UUUGAGUAAUCUCGAUAAUUAUGAUAAAAAAGCUUGGCAUUUCUGUCCAUUUAUGAAUACCUAGUCUUCUUCCAGGCAAUAAGCGCCGAUACUCGCUGGGUGAGCAGCCGGAGUUUUUUAUUAGACUGGAAAAAGUUGAACUAACAUGCUCUCCAUUCUCAGAUGCAGUAACGAUGUGUGGCUUGUAGAACAACUAAAUGCUAAGAUUUCAAGAUAACAGAGAUAAAGAAAUCAGCCUUUCACAAAAGGAACUUUUGUUGAUGCGUCUCUCAAAUCAUAUAGAACAAGCUCAAGUUGACAGUCCUGCUUUUAUGUUAUCUAGUUUAGCACAGAAAGGUAGUGAAGAGCUUGUUGCUGAAUUUUUUGGUGAUCAACCGUUUAUGGAUUCUUCAUCAUUAGAAAAUUUCAUGCAAUCUCAACUUUAUGUCUGUACUUUCUGGGGAAUUCAUGAUAUCGCCAAAAUAUUGCUCGAUAAUAAAGCAGAUCCAAAUUUUAAAAAUGCGAAAACGCUGUGGACGCCAUUACAUGCUGCUGCUUUUCAAGAUCACGGAAGGGUUGUAAUGUUAUUAUUGGAAUAUGGUGCAAAUCCAAUGAGUGAAGAUUAUAAAGGACGAACACCUGCUGAUUUUGCAUCUGCAUCAGAUAAAAUUUGGUCUCAUUUUGAUAUUAUGAACAUUUCAAGAACCUCAAAGGCUGAUUAUUCAUCACCUUCUAACCAUUCGCAGAGCAAAGAACAGCGAUCACGCUCAGACUCUUUGUUUGAUUCUACAACUCUUCCUUUGUCGCGGCCAGAGAGUCAAAUAAAUGACAUAUUUGGAAGUGGAAGUUCUACAACAAGAUCAUCAGUCAUGACAUCAUCCAACACCAGUAGAAGAUCUUCUCGCACAAACAAUUCUUCUGCAAAUAUGUCUAGUAUUUUAACCUGGGAUUAG